AUGCAGCCGGUUCGUUGUGCUCGGUCCUGGCUGCAGUCACUACAGCUCGGCGUCGUGGCCAUGGCCGAAGCCAUUCGCUCAGGGACGUGGAGGCAGCAGCAAUACCAGCUCCUUGAAGGGGCUCGACAAAAGUCUCAGCAUUAUUACCCCAAAAAUAUAAAGAGAACAUUUGCUAUCUCUGGGGCGAUAGCGACUGCGUUGGUUCUUUGGUAUAUUUUCUCGCAUCCGCUGCUUUAUUCGACUCCCCUCGACGAAAAUGCCUGCCAACACCCAGUCGCUCGGCUUUUUUAUGAUGCCAAGCAGACUUUUAAUGAAACAUUGAAUCACCAGUCAAAGUCAUUAGACGAAGCAGUGGCGGAAUAUCGUCGACGAUAUAAGAUGCCACCACCUCCCCAUUUUGAUGAAUGGUAUGCAUUUGCGAUGUCGCGAAACACAGUCUUGAUCGAUGAAUUUGAUACUAUCUAUCACACUUUGCUGCCUUUCUGGGGACUCGCACCCAGUACGAUUCGUUCGCGCGUGAGAGAGGAUCUUGGCUACCAUAACCACGUCAUGGGCAUUGCCAUUCGCGACGGCAGAGCUAUCCAUUUGGGCAAUGGCCAGGGUAAAUUCCAGAAAAACGCAACAAUGAAGAUUCUUGACAAGUUCUCCCAAUGGUUACCGGACAUGAACAUGGAAUUCAAUGUACACGACGAGCCGCGAGUGGUAGUUCCGCAUGAGGAACUGCACAUGCUGGUCACUGAGGGCUAUGUGGCUCAAGCUCGGCUGGAUGGCAACUUGUCGUUACUGAACCUAUUUUCACCGGGCGAUGGCAAUGACCCUAUCCCACCAGUACCAGUCUUCACGACCAGAUUCAACAACAUCGAGCGCCAAGAGACAUGGCUCUACUCGCGGCUUUCAUGUCCACUAGACACACCUGCCAGGGCGCUGGAUGGUAACGCACCAGACAACACAAGUGCUUAUGCGGUGGGUCCUUUGGGAUUCGUGUUCAACCAGACUGCCGCUAGUGAUAUGUGCAACAGUCCGUCACUGCGACAUCGGCUGGGAGUUUUCGAUCAUCCAAACUCUUUCAAAGUGACAAACGAGCUGGUCCCAAUGUUUUCCAUGUCCCAUCCUUCUUCAUUCCAGGAUAUUGCCGUUCCAUCGCCGUAUUAUUACGAAGGAAUAUCAGAGUUCGACGCAGAAACCGCAGUUGAAUGGGAGAACAAGAAACACCAGCUAUACUGGCGCGGGAAAACCACCGGAGGACAUAGUCGGAACGGCACCUGGCACAACCUGCAACGUCAGCGAAUCAUUGGAAACUUGACUCAUCCACAAUCGCCCCAAUAUCUCAUGCGGCCAAAGAGCGAUUUAGGCUGUAUUGCUGGAAAUGAAGGCUGGGAGGUCCAAACAGCAAACCGAUCCCAGAUCGAGGGAUACUUCAAUACGCAUUUCAUGGAGAUUGUGGAUUGCGACGAAGACUGCGAUGAGGAGGAAGUGUUUUUCGACGAUAUCGCUGACCCAGACCCUGCGAGCGAGGCGUGGAAGUAUCGCUAUCUGCUAGAUAUGGAUGGUCACGCGUACAGCGGGAGGUUUUACGCCUUCAUGCGCAGCAGUAGUGUUCCAUUCAAGUUGACAUUCUUUCGCGAGUGGCAUGAGGAUGUUCUGGUCCCGUGGGUCCACUACGUGCCGAUUAACAAAGAUGGGAAUGAGAUUCCUGAGUUGAUACGGUUUUUCGAGGAAGAUCCUGCUGGUCAGCAUAUUGCUCGAUCUAUCGGCGAAGAAGGUCAAGCUUGGGCAGCUAGGACGAUCAGGAAUGAUGAUAUAGACGUUUAUAUGUUUCGGCUUUUCUUGGAAUAUGCUCGUGUGCAAGAUGAGCAGAGAGAGAACUUGGGAUUUAUGUUGUAA